AUGCUUCAACAUCUAAGUUUUCACCAGAAAAAGCCAAUUUCUCUUAUGGGGCAGAAAGAUUCGAUUAAGUUUAGGGAAAGGAAAGCAAACAAAGAAAGCCAAUCGGAAAUGAUUUUAUCACUACGCGAAUCAAAAAUCAAAGUAGGAGCGAGAAUCACCUUAGGGCUAGGCCACCUGCCUGACUAUCUAUUGUCUCAGCAGGCCUUAGCCCGGCGACGACAGAGGCAUAAAGGAAGGUUGCUGCAGAAUAAGCGAUGUUCUUGCUCUUCUUUCUCUUGGAAGAAGAAUGGUGUUGAAUCAGUUUCAAGUGGUGGGAUCAUAUUCAUAUAUAAUAGUAGAAUCCCGUCUCCUUAA